GAUUACUCAAAAACGUGAAAAAAUGAUUUUGCGUGAAUGCGUUUGAGCUUGUGUUUACCCCAUGUCUGUGGUGCGCGUAAGGGCCUGUAAAGAGACGAAACAAAUUGAGCCCUGACAUGUUCUGAGUCAAUUGAAAUAAAAAAUGGUGUUGUGAGUUAAAUACACUAAGAUUGUAUCUAAAAAUAUAAUAUUUUAUAAUGCAACAAUAAAUCAAGCUUAUAAUUUAUAAAAAUAAUAUUACGCGUAGCCAUAGGUCGGUGCAUAGGUUUUCAGAUUCUCAGUUAAAUAUAAAUAAAUAUACGAUGUUUUUCAUCACGACUAAGUUCGACUAUUUUUAGGCUCUAAAAUAGGUGUAAAUAAUACAUGUUAUUAUGUAGGAAAAAUAUUUUAAACAACAUCAAAAUUAUAAUAUUUAAGUCUGCUGUAAACAAUGUAUUGAUCCCAAGUCUGCAUAUAGGGUCCGGAAAGUAACAAUGGGACUAGCAAAUUUAUUAAAACUGUUACACACGAAACACACAAUGUACAACUACACUCUUUUGGUUGAACUGUACAAAAAAGAAAAACAAUUUCAGAAAGUUUACACCACGUUUCGACCUAACUUAAAAGCAUCACCUGUAACGGGAAAAUUUUAUGCUCGUCAUGAAGCAAAUGUUAAUCAAGGAGAACCAAACUAUCACUACAUAGAACUUUUGGCACAAGCUAAAUCUCUAGGGCCAAAGAACAAAUUUCCGUCUCCAAAAACUGAAAGUCAAAGGUAUGGGUGGCACGAUAAAUCUUUCAUUCCACGAAAUGAAGAUAUUUUGAUGUUUCCACAUGUGGAAGCCCCCGAAAUAAAAUUAGACAUUAUACUAAAGCAGAAUUAUAAAAAUGAAGUACCAUUUAGUGGAAUACCUUUUAAAUUAUAAUAAAACAAAUUAUAGAAUCAUAGAAUAAAACUGUAUUUUUUCU